AUGUCAUUUGUUCCAGGUGGUAGAUACGAGAACUUUUCUAGUCCGCCCCAACAGUGGGGACAAAAGCCCCAGGGCUUCGGAGAUUAUCAGAAUCCAGUCCCUCCCAGUUACAACGAUUAUCACCAGGGCCCUGGUUUCGGAUCAUAUCAGCAGUCAUAUGGUGGAGGCCCAAUGCGAGGUGGACAGCCAAAUUAUCGAGGAUCUCAACCUUAUGGAAGACGUUAA